UCGACAGCAUAUCAGCGGAUAAAUCUGCUUUCGGACUGAUGUUGCUAUAGAGGGCUCACGGCUACACUGAGCUGAGAACAGCUUUGUUUACAAAACUGUGCCAGCUCGCUUGCUAGCUUAUAAUUGGAAAUGAAAACAAUAGUUAGCCAUCCUAGUUGGUGUAGCAUUAACAAAACAAACUUUUCGAUUGCGAGAGCGGCCAGACGGCCUCUGUGAAUACUUAACGUGCUAACGAGCGAGCAAGUAGUUUGCCCUGCAGACGUCUGUUAUCUUUUAGCUCUUUGUUUAAGGAUAGUGAUUGCUACUAGCACAGUUGUUUUACCUCGCUAACCCUCCCUCCCUUGUCUUGUUGUAGCAUGCUGUAGAAGAAGAGCGCACUUAGGACAUCUAAAACUGACAAAGGCCAUCUGUGUAGAAGGACGACUGAAGAGGUCGCAUUGGGGCGCAAGAAUUAAUCGAGACGGACAUUUCCAGCAGCGCCAUGGGAGCCCUGUGAAAGAGCUGCUGUCGGAGGAAAAGCGAGCACGGGCUGCGAGGGGACCGAGGGAAACCACAGGAUCGCUAACCGCAACCCGCUGCACAGUAUUUCUAAUGCGCAACAAAGGACUAUGCGACUCGGCACCAAAAGCUGACUGCAGAGGGGAUGUCAGGCAGUAAGGCUUUAGGGGGGGCGCGGCGAAGGCGGACCCGGUGUAGGCGUUGCCAAGCCUGCAUGCGGACUGAGUGUGGGGAGUGUCACUUCUGCAAGGACAUGAAGAAAUUUGGGGGACCUGGUAGGAUGAAGCAGUCCUGCCUUCUCCGACAGUGCACAGCACCUGUGCUACCCCACACAGCUGUGUGCCUGUCCUGUGGUGAGGCAGGGAAAGAGGACACAGUGGACACAGAGGAAGAGAAGUUCAAUCUCUGUCUCAUGGAAUGCACCAUCUGUAAUGAGAUCAUCCACCCUGGCUGCUUAAAGAUGAAUAAAGCAGAGGGGAUUAUUAAUGAUGAAAUCCCUAAUUGUUGGGAGUGCCCAAAGUGUCACAAAGAAGGCAAGACAAGUAAGGACCAGGGCGAUGGUUUGGGGAAGAGACGGACAGACAAUGGGGAAGUAGGCCGAUGGAAACUGAUGGAUGAUCCUCCCCCCACCAAAAAGAAGCCGCCACCUGUUGAAGAUGGUGGUCAAGGGGUUCACAAGCGCAAGAAAGAGAAAGAACAGCCCCUGGAGAGUGGACCCAAAAAGAAGGUGAAAGGAGGUAGAGAAAAACACUUGAAAAAGAAACAGAAACCCAGUUCAUCUGAUGCAGUAGAUUCAGGUGUUCCCAACACUACAUCCAGCUCUUCACAAAGCUUGGCCAGCACCACUUCCCAAUCUGCGUUGGCUCCCGUCAGCCAGUUGACUGACCAGCGUUCACACCAGAGAGAAAAACUAGAGCGGUUCAAGCGCAUGUGUCAGCUGCUGGAGAGGGUGCGAGAAUCUAGCUCUUCUAGCUCUUCUAGCUCAGAGUCUGACUCGGAUUCGGAGACACCAUCUGGAUCAGAGGACCGCGGAGGCUCAGAGCCAAACUUGUCUCCCCCAAAUAGUCACAACAUGAAUUCCUCUAGUGAUCCGCGUGCACAGGAGCGUGAGCGGGACCGAAGACUGGCAGAGCUGGGCUUCAGUGCUAGUGAGGAAUCUGAUGAGGAGGGGAUGGAGGACGGGGAUGGAGAAGACACCAAGAAGCCCAGAAGAUCAAGUGAAGGUGAGCCCAGGUACCACAAGUUGGUAGAAGAAGAGCGGGACCGAAAGCCACCCCUGUCUCCUCCCCCUUCCCCUCUCUCGUCUUCUUUUCAUGAUCCCCUCAUCAAGCAGGAGAAAGGUGGCGGGGGCAAACGGAGCAACGGUUCAGAAACGCGCAACGGUCGAACACGUGCAGGAGCUCGGGAAAGAGAAAUGCAGGAGAAGGAGAAUGCAAACAACAGUGUGAGCACUAAUCACUAUCGGGGCAAGGGCGUAAACCGGGGAUGCAAGGUCCACAAUGUGGGGCAGAACCAUCCAGGCUCUAACCAGCAAAAUGCCACCACCAAUGGGUCUGGCAGUGUGGGACCCACCGGCAACUCCAUCAAUCCCCCCGGUGGUUCCCGGUUGGCAGCCCGCUCUCAGUUGCUGAAGCGUAGCCCUCCCGUUGUGCUCUCUCCCCCCCGGCCCGUACAGAUGGAGCGGCAUUUGGUUCGCCCUCCACCAGCGUGCCCUGAACCCCAUUGCUUGCCUCUAGACUGUGGUGAGUCCCAUGUGAUGCAGCGGGACGUGUGGCUCAGUGUCUUCCAAUACCUCACCCAUAGGGAGCUGUGCGUCUGCAUGAGAGUCUGCCGCACGUGGAGCCGCUGGUGCUGUGAUAAACGGCUGUGGACACAGAUUGAUUUGAGUCGACGACGCUCUAUCACUCCACUAAUGCUUAGCGGUGUAAUUCGCCGGCAACCUGUCUCCCUUGACUUGGGUUAUACAAACAUCUCCAAGAAGCAGCUCAUGUGGCUCAUCAACCGUUUACAGGGUCUCCGUGAGCUAAUUGUUUCGGGCUGCACUUGGUCUUCUGUAUCAGCACUGUGUCAAGCAGCAUGUCCAUGCCUCUGGCUGCUGGACCUUAGUGGAGUUGAAGAUCUCAAGGACUCCCAGCUGAAGGAGCUGCUAACAGCCCCUGCUGAUAUACGCACAGGUAACACUGAAAACAAGGGGCGAUUCCAGAAUGUGACAGAGCUGCGACUGGCAAAGCUGGAUGUGACGGACUCUUCUGCUCGCUUAUUGGUGCGCUACCUGCCCCACUUGACCAAACUGGACCUGAGUCAGUGCAACAACAUCACUGAUCAGACAGUCCACACACUGACCUCGCCAACCUCCCCACUUCGGGACUGUCUCACUCACAUCAGCCUGGCAGGAUGUGUGAAGGUGACGGAGCAGUGCCUGCCCCUGUUGCGCCGCUGUGCCUCUCUGCAGAGUGUCGACCUGCGAUCCUGUCGUUUAAUUACCCCAGAGGCUUGCCAGUUGCCCUCUUUCUCUUGCCCUGAGGAUAGACUGCUGCUAAAGAACAGCUAACAGCACACACAAACCCAAACAAUGGUACCAAGAAUAGAAAGGCAUUCAGGGAGCAGGAACGAGAGAGAAAAAGAGAGCGAAAGAAAGUGGUCUGUUUCUGAAUUUCUAGUGGUUGAAUCUUUUGAAUGAGCAUUGAAAGUAUGUAGCUACAUGCUUAGAAACUGCACACCGAGUGUGUAUAUAUGUAAUUUUCUGUAAAUGAACAUGGAUGCCACUCCUAUCAGAUAUGUACUAUAAUUUCGGGCUCUCAGACUUGCAAAUUUGCACUCAAAAAUGUCCCUCUGUAAAACAAAAAGAAUGUACUGUAUAUUAGGGGCUGUAAACAUCAAAACCUGGUGCAAAGAUGCUGGAUAAAUGUGCUGUGUGAGAGAGACCACGAUUGUGUUUGUGUGACUUCCCAGCUAAGAACUUCAAGGCUCAAAGUAUGUCCCCCUGCUGGUUUCAAGAGCCCUCAAGUCGACAAAUCCAUCCAAACCUGAAAACAGAAUUAUGUCCACUGCCUCUGUCCCAAACUGUGGAGUUUACGUAGUCUUUUUUUUUGGGACUGCUAGAGACUUGAACUCAAAUUCUAUCCCACUGACCUUUACUCUGUCAUCCAGUGUGCCAUUAUCAGGUCCCCCUUCCCACUGCUGACUCUUCCAGAGUCUUCUCCCAGCUUGCUUUUUUUGCCACAUUUGGUAUGCACCAUUGGUCUCUUGUGUUUUUAAUAACGCAAAGUGAAUGCAAAAGUCACAAAGCAUUACUGGACAAUGCACUCUACCUGACCUGCCCACACUUUUCCUCACUACUCAAAGGAAUGGAUUCAUUAAGACCAAACUGUUCUGUACUUUUGAGAUUAUUCUACACAAACCUGUUAUGGACUGUACUAAAUUAUACUCUUUAAGUGGACAGAGCCAUUUUGGGUUGUACUGUACAGAGCUGAAUCUGACUGUGGAAAGCUGUGUCAUGUUGAAAUGAUUUAUAAUGUAUUUUUAACUAUCUGCCUCCCUGUAUGGUACGGAAUAAUUUUAUAUGGUCAUACUGGACUGAUCUGUAAUGUUGUUUAUAGUGUUGAAUUAAGUCAAAUCGAACAGCAAAUUAUCUUAAAUGGUUUUCAACAUUGUUUGCAUGAUGUUUAAAAAGUUCAUGAUGGGUUCAGCCUAGUCAGAAGAUGGAGGAGUCUGCCUUGUCUGCAGUUAGAUGAAAAGAUGUUUUAUUGCAGUUUAGUCAACAGACACAGAAGUGAAUAUGUUGACUGUGGCACUAGGAAAGGGAAAGUAUUGCUGUUCUCCACUGGACUCGUCUCUCUAUAUUGAACUUCUCAUAUUUUUUGUUGUGUUGAACCAUAAUGUUGGUCAACUUUUGCACUCAUAAUGGUGUUAGACUGGACUGGGCUGGCCUGGACUGUAUAGUAGUGUCCUGUGUUUGACAACCAUAUUGGACUGGACAAAUACACUGGACCAGUAUUUUUGGCUCUCUACUUGCUUGGACAUUUGCCAAAUUUCAGAAUUCUUGAUGCGGGAAAUACAUUUUCCAUUUCGGGCUUUGUUUUUAUUAAUCACUUUGUUCAUAACUUUCUUCUGUUUCAUUAAAAUUGAUUUAAAUGUAACAUAAUGGAGAAGACCAGUUAAAAGGAUCUGCAGUAUGUGAAACUCAAACAUGAAUAAAGGCAGCUACUUAAAAGUAACUACUGUAAAAUGACAAACUAAAUAAAGACAAACAGGGUUUUUAUAAUGUUUGGUUU